ACAAUAUCCACUUUCAAAAAUGAGUGUGUUUUGUGUUUUUGGUGUAAAUAAAAACCGUUAACAAUAGGAAGCUAGGUUAUCGACAAUACAUCUUCCAUUAAUAUUUCUGCUAUGAAUAUUUUUAAACUCAUAUUUCCCUAAUCACGUUGUGUGUUAUUUUAUGAUCUUACCAUUUCAAGAGUCACGUGAGAGAUCAAGGCUACAAUCAAAAAACUUUUCCUACUAAUUUAAUGUCUGGUAAAUAAUGAGAGAAUAGUUCCGUAAAGAAACUUGUUAACUUUACUUCGGUAUUUCAUAUCUGGAAAAAAAAACCUCAUUAUCAUCUCCUACUUUGUAAUUAAAAACACAAGACUAAAUCUUACAAAUAAGUAUUAAAAGAACUUCAACUGAAAUGGGCAACCAUUUCUGGACUCGAAGAGCAGUAUGUUUCUUGUUUAUUAUGCCAUUGAUUGCCGGGAUUAAUGCUGUUGUUGUCAAUGUAAAAACCAAAGGUGCCAAGGCCGAUGGAAAAACCGAUGAUGGACAGGUGAUAUUGAAUGCUUGGAAAGAAGCAUGUAGUGGAGGAUCACCACCAAGCUCGGUGUUGAUUCCACCAGGGACAUAUUUGGCAUUUCCGAUUCUAAUGGGUGGUCCAUGCAAGGGUCCGAUCGAGAUCAAGGCAACUGGAGCCACCCUAAAGGCCCCACCUGAGCUAAAAAUAUUUAAAACUGUCAAUACUUGGAUCACUUUCUUGAAUAUUGAUAGGUUGACCAUAAAUGGUGGAACUUUUGAUGGCCAAGGCCACGACUCAUGGAGGAAUAAAGAAUGUCCCCGUUGCCAAAGGCCAGUCAAUAUCGGAUUCUCUAGUGUCAGGAACUCAUUGAUAAAAAACAUAACAUCUGUCAGUAGCAAAUACUUCCACCUUGCGAUAGGGGAUUCGCGUAACAUCAGAAUAGAAAACAUAACCAUUCAUGCACCUGAAAACAGUAGGAACACAGAUGGAAUUCACAUUGGAAGGAUAAAUGACGUCAAUAUCACGAAUUCAAUCAUAAAGACUGGUGAUGAUUGCAUAUCUUUUGGAGACGGAAGCAAGAACAUCCGUGUGGAGAACGUGACAUGCGGACCAGGACAUGGUAUCAGUGUAGGAAGCUUAGGCAAAUACCCAAAUGAAAGACCUGUACAAGGAAUCUGGAUCAAAAACUGCACUCUCACUGGCACACAGAAUGGAGUGAGGAUCAAGAGUUGGCCUGAUUCUACCUCAACAACUGUUAGUGACAUUCAUUUCGAAGAUAUUGUGAUGGAUAGAGUGGGAAAUCCGAUAAUAAUCGAUCAAGAAUAUUGCCCUGGUCAUACUUGCAAGAAAGGAGGUCCAUCGUCAAGAGUGAAGAUAUCGAAUGUGAGCUUUAGGAGGAUCAGGGGGACAUCUACAACGAAGGUGGCAUUGAAGCUUGCUUGUAGCGCAGGGUUACCAUGCGAAAACAUCGAGCUGGCUGAUAUCAACUUGACAUAUCAAGGACCUGGAGGAGGACCUGCCACAUCUAAGUGUGAUAAUGUCAAGCCCAACGUCGUUGGACAGGUCGUCCCUGCGGCGUGUUCAGGUGGAUCAGUUCAUCCACGAAUAUGAUCUCGAACAUCAAUUAGUCAUGGAUAUAAUAUUUUUUAAGUGGUGAACGAAUUCUCCAUCAUAGAAACAAAUUCCACCAUGCCAUGUAAUAGUCAACUCAUCAACAUUUAUUGACAUGUACUUUUAAAUUUCUAUAAUAUACUUACUUCGGUUAAAUAGACUUUUUUUUUAGGUCCAAAAAAAUCUUUGGAAAAACGGUUUGAUUUGUAAAAAAAAAAGUUUUUCUUGCUAAGAUAUGUCCCACAAUGGCCAAAACUAUAUGGGCUAUAUGAAACUUUGGCCAAUUGUGCCCUAAAAAAAGAAGCUUUUCAUUUUUUUUUCUUUUUUUUUUUUCUCUUUCUACUUCAUCGAUCAUCAUCUACUUCUUUAUUUUUUUUUUCUUUUUCGAAAUCGUAUGUGCUGAAAAAUACUCUCAAAUUAUGUGGAUUUCUUGCUUGAAAAGAAAAUGAGGACUCUUUUGUGAAAUAUAUAAUAUGAUUUUUAUUUUGAAGUUGGACCAAAGACUAGUUGGGUUGUGUAUCAUUUGUAGAUGAAUGGUGAUAAGUUCUCUUUGUAAAUUUUUAACAAGA